UUGCUUAUCAACUUCGCCAUUUUGGUUUGGGGUUUUUAUUUAUUCACAGACUGAAAGUAGAUGAAGAUGAAGAUGAAGAUGAAGAUAAGCUAGCUAUGCAUGCUUCUUGCCAAUCAAAAUCAAACUAAUUUCUCCAUCUCCAUCAAGAAAUCUUUGAUAGACAGAAUGAGAGAGAAGAAAUACUCACCCCAAUCAAUCUCGAUUACCAAUCUCUCAUAAUUAUGGCAAGGGAACGGAGGAGAGGCAUCGGCGGCAAAAGCUUUGCAUUCCAUUGCUCUGUUUGUGCAAGCAUCGAUGGAACUCCUUCGCCGGUAUUUGAAUUUGAGUUGAAACCCUAGCUUGCUUGCUUGCUGUUAGCCAUGGCGAUUCAUGUAGCGUCGAACAAUAAUCUGUUCCUACACUUCCUGCCUAACUCCUCAGAUCCUCCCUACGAACUCCUUCAGAAACAUCCAUCUCUAACACUCCUCUCCACCUGCAAAACUUUCGAAAAGUUUAAGCAAAUCCAUUCCCAAUUCAUCAAAUUUGGCCUUCACAACACACAUUUUGCACAGAGCAAACUUCUCCAGUUCUGCUCGAUCGGCCCCUGCGUCGAUCUCUCUUACGCCGAGUCGAUUUUCGACUCAAUUCCCAAUCCAAAUCACAUCAUCUACAAUAUGAUGAUCCGAGGAUAUGCUGUUGCCUCAUUCCCAAAUUCAGCUCUCCGUUGUUAUGCAACCAUGUUGUUUUUCGGUAUCGAUCCGAAUUCCUACACAUUUCCUUUUCUUCUUAAGGCUUGCGGCGGCGCAGCAGCCUCGGGGAAACAGGUUCAUGCUCAGGUUCUUAAAUUCGGGCUCGAAGACAAUGUACAUGUCCACACAUCACUUAUCAACAUGUACGCUCGGAAUGGAAGCUUGGACGACGCUCGAAUGGUGUUCGACAGGAGCCAUUUCCGAGAUGCCGUGUCGUUCACUGCGUUGAUUGCCGGGUAUGUCUCUGGAGGCUAUAUUGAUAAUGCGCGUAAGCUCUUCGAUUCUAUUCCUGUUAGAGAUGUCGUGUCUUGGAAUGCGAUGAUAUCAGGAUAUGCUCAAAUUAGUCGGUUUGAUGAUGCCUUGAAUUUGUUCGAUGAGAUGAGGAACGCUAAUGUGUCUCCCGAUACAAGCACGUUGUUGAGCGUGCUUUCCGUGUGCGCUCAUGCCGGCGCAAUCGAAACCGGAAAUUGGGUUCGGAUGUGGGUAAUCGAACAUGGCUAUGAUUCGGAUCUUCGGAUCGUUAACGCGAUGAUCGACAUGUAUGCGAAGUGUGGCGAUCUUGAUACCGCUCGGAGUUUGUUCGAUGGCUUACGGAAAAAAGACCUCAUCUCGUGGAAUGUUAUGAUCGGUGGCUAUUCGCGGGCAAGCAAGUACAAGGAAGCUCUCGAAAUCUUUCGACUAAUGCAGAUGAACAGCGUCGAACCGAGCAAAGUUACGUUCUUGAACAUGAUUCCCGCCUGUGCUCAUUCGGGAGCUCUCGAUCUCGGAAAAUGGAUACAUAAGUUCGUCGAGAAGAACUUCCGCGACCUCCAGAACGAGACUCUUUGGACGAGUCUUAUCGACAUGUACGUCAAAUGUGGCGACGUUGAAGCUGCCAAGCGGAUCUUUUACGGCAUGGAGACGAGAAAUUUGGCUUCUUGGAACGUUAUGAUAUUUGGGUCAGCAAUGCACGGCGACGCAACUCAGGCGAUCGAACUUUUCUCGAAAAUGACGAGCGAGGGGUUCGAACCCGACGAGAUUACGUUCGUCGGGCUAUUGUCGGCCUAUUGUCACGCCGGUUUGGUCGACGCCGGUCGCGAAUGUUUCGACUCUAUGAAAACGGAGUUCGGCGUUUCUCCGCAGGUGCAGCAUUACGGAUGUAUGAUCGAUCUCUUGAGCCGAGCGGGGCGAUUAACCGAAGCGAUGGAGUUCAUCGAGACGAUGGAGAUGGACCCGGACGGCGCGAUAUGGGGCGCGAUUCUCGCGGGAUGCCGAAUGCAUAAAAAUCCCAAGCUUGCCGAAUACGCCGCCGAGAAGCUAUUCAAGCUCGAGCCCGACAAUCCCGGCGCGUACGUGCAGCUUUCGAACAUAUACGCGGACGUCGGGAGGUGGGACGACGUUGCGAGAAUUCGGACGGCGGCGAACGACAGGGGACUGAAGAAGGUCCCGGGAUCGACGAGCAUCGAGGUGGGGAGCGUCGUACACGAGUUCCUCGUCGGCGAUCGAACGCAUCCGCGGAGCAACGAGAUUUACGCAAUGUUGGAGGAAGUCGACAGGUUGUUGAAAGCGGCGGGGCACGUCCCCAAGAUGUCGUCGGAGGAAGGCGAGGCGGCGGCGGAGCAUAGCGAGAAGGUUGCGAUCGCAUAUGGGUUGAUUAGUACGAAGCCGGGUACGUUGUUGAGGAUCGUAAAGAACCUUAGGGUGUGUGGGGAUUGCCAUGAGGCUAGCAAGAUGAUAUCCAAGAUAUUUGGUCGGGAGAUUAUAGCGAGGGAUCGGAAUCGGUUUCAUCAUUUUAAGGAUGGCCGAUGUUCGUGUAACGAUUAUUGGUGAGAUCCAACGCUCACUUUUAACAGAGCUAGAGGAAAGUAAAGCGAAGGUAUACAACUAUUCUGUUCGUGUACGUUUCGAUUGAAAGUACUUCUUUUUAUUAUUAUUA